AUGUUGACCUUAGUCCGGCGCCCUUAUUGCUCCAGGCGUAUGAGGUUCCCUUUUCACUUAGACAACAUCUCACGGGUGUCACAUCGGUACAACGCAACGGAUGUCACACUACAACUGUCAGAGGACCGACUGGCGAACUGGUGUCGGAGGCUUUGGGCCUUAGCGCAGGGUGGUGGUGAUGGUGAUGAUGAUGGUUCGGCAGUUCCCGCAAGUAAUGGAACGACAAAGUCGGGGUCGGUAUUCAGUGGUCGGGGCCCUCAUACUGAAUUUACGCUUGUUGAGGAAAUGAAAUCUGUUUUGGUUGGAGAGAAAGGGCAGCUACCGCCAUCUGUUGUGUCUGCCGUGUGGGAUGUAUACGAGUCUAUCAUUCCUCCCAGCACGCUGUUCGACUUGAGUGAGACCAUAUCUCCCAACCAAGAAGAUGCGUUUUUUAGUUUCGUUGCUCUGUUGAUGGAGCUUGACGUCGAUAUCGUAGAGGUACAAGCGGCGGUGGCGCAGCUUAACAAUACCAUUCAAAAUAUCGAGGACCUCAACGCUCAAUCGGGUCAAUUUAUCGCUGGUGGAUGUUCUGCGACCGUGUCAGCGGAAAGUUGCUUUAGGGAAGAGAACCGCAGCGGUGUGGGUGCUGCUGUUUUGUCCUCCAAGCUUGUUAAGGCUAAGAACAAUUUGCUUCGGCAAUGCGUUGCUGCACUACAUGCGGGUUCUCCUGUGUAUUACAUGUGGUUUAAGCAAUCUGCUUCUGUGGAGCGUGGAGUGCGCAGACUGAUGGAUUUGCGUCGAUGUGUAAUGUAUUUUCAAAAGAGGUGCCAUUGCCAGGUGGCACAGCUUCAGGCCGAGUUGAAGCGUCAACAUGAGCGGCAGUCGUCGCGUCAAGUAAUCGAUUCACCUCCAAACAGUGGUCCACUGACUACGAAUAGAGAGCUUGAACUUUGGCUCCUCCGUCAGCAUCAUGUCUCAUCUAUUGACGUGUCGCUGGAGUACCUUUUCGGCGAUUUUUUCUCGAAGCAGUGGCUUGUUAUGGAGGAACUCACGUGGCGUACUACCCCACCUCUUCUGCUUGAGAAGGUGAUGGCCGCCGAAAGCGUUCAUCCCUUUGUUGGGGGUCUUGUGGAUAUGAAGCAGCGGUUGCAGCCUGCGAAAAAUAGACACCUCUUCGCGUUUUUUCACCCGGCGGUUGUGGAGGAACCCCUAAUUGCUGUACAAGUGGCCCUUACGCGUGGUAUUGCCCGCUCCGUCGACAUUAUUUUAGGUCGUCCCCACCCCCCAAGCGUUCAGGAGCGCCAAAACGACCAAUUGGGGGCUGCCAAUGGUGAGGUGGCCGAUGCUUGUUCAGGGGCACGAAAGCAUGAUCCUGUAGAGGACGUAGACACUUCCAUGUUUUACAGUAUCAACUCGGUGCAGUCAGCACUACGUGGUGUUAACCUUGGAAAUAUGCUCAUCAAACGUGUAGUGCGGGAAAUUGAAGCACGACUCAACGGCGAGCGUCAUUGUGCCGGCCUCUCACCCAUUACCACAUUUUCCACAAUUUCUCCCGUCCCUGGGUACUUAAGAUGGUUGGUUGGAGAGGUGGCAAAGCUUCAGCAACAGGUGGAAAUGCGCAGCGGAAGCAUUUCGUUGUGUUCUUCCUCGAAAAAAUUCGCGCAACCUCGAAUUUUCGGAGAAUGCUCGAAACCCAAGGCGGCGGAGCUUUUUUCAAUACUUCGCGGCGCCGUCCUCGGUUUGUCACAUCACAGAGGGAGGGGUUGUGGGCACUUUAUUUCACGACUUCACUACCACCUACGUGAGGGGAAUGAAGAUGCUGCUAACCUCGUCACCAUGCAGUAUCUGUUGGCUCUUUUUGGGUCCCCUGAGGAGGAUGGCACCGGUGAGAGCGGUGCCCCCGGCAAAGCAGAUGAGGAUGUCAUUUCACCAUGGUGGAAUGAUAGUGAGUUUACACGUACCGUUGAGAAACCGCUUCUCCGCUCGGUAGCGCACUAUUUGUAUAAGGAGAAGCACCGUAAUCGUAUUCUCGAUCCGGUAGGGAACUUUCAUAUAUCGAACGGGGCCACCAUGUUCCGACUGAAUUUUCUUGCCAACUGCACUGCGGAUGGUAGCAGACAGAGUGCCACUGUAAUGGUGAAUUACCUCUACGAACCCGCUUGUGUGGAUGAGCGUGUAAAGGCCUAUGGGAUGCAACGAAGUGUGCCUAUUGGGGAUGAUGUUCUUCGACUCCUCAACAUAUCCUAA